AUGUUUGAAAUUCUAAUAAAAUUAAUUUUAAUUAUAAUUUCUUCAAAUUCUAUCGCAUGUCACGCAUCAAAAUACAAGCAAACUCAUGAAAACUCUCAUGAUGAAAUAUCUCAAGUUAUUGAUCAAUUCUUCUCAACACGGUCAGCAUAUUUUAAUGUAAUCAAAUGUAUCAAAAAUGAUGAUGUAGCAGGAAUGAUCAUUGGAACUUUGCUGUUUAAAACUCAUGGAUCAAUCAGUUAUCGAAUUGAAGAUUGCAAGAAUCUCAAAGAUUCGACUAAAAGAAGAUUCGUGUUGAUAAUCAUGGACCAUCUUAACACCGACCUUAUGAUCGAAGAAUUGACACCGAAUCGUUUUGAUCCAUCGCCAGGUGCAUGGGGAAGAUUAAAACCAAAUGGUGAAGCUGUUGGUGCUUUCCUUAAAAUCGUGGAGAGGAAAUCUGAUUUAAUGAUUGGAUCUCUUACAAGAACUAAAAACAAAAGUUAUUUCAUUUCGUUUUCAUCGGUAAUAACUUUUAAUGGCAUUUUCGUGGUCAUUCCUCCUGGUGCACCGUUCAGUGCAUUUGAGAAGUUGAUUCGACCUUUUGAUAAAUCAGUUUGGAUAUGUUUGAUGAUAAUUCUCUCUCUUGGAUUCUUCAUUGUCAUUGCUGUAGCGCCGAAACCUCGAUCCUUAAUGAGAAAAAUUAUCAUAGGAAAGGAAGUUAAGAUGCCGGCAAUGAACAUAAUUGUGGCACUUGUUGGAGGAUCACAACAUAUUUUACCGAAAAGAUCAACACCGAGAAUACUUUUGAUGUCAUUUUUGCUUUUCUGUUUAGUCAUUCGAACUCUUUACACAGCUGCACUUUUUAAAUUCCUUCAAUCAGAUAACAGCAAACCAACUCUUUCAUCCAUAAAAGAAGUCAUUGAUAAAAAAUUUACGGUCUACGUGGAUCCAACGUACUAUGACAAUUUCUGGGAAAUGAAAAUUCUAAAACGAAGUCAAGUCGUCAACGCCAGCUUAUUUUAUGAUUAUCUGAUGAAAACUUCUGAUCCUAACUUCAAAGGAGUCGUGUUGAUUUUAAUGGAUGAACUUUCGCAUAUUAAUAAGAAAAAUUAUAAAAAAUUCACUUUGAGAGUGCUAAGUGAACAUGUUAUCACUUCACACUCUUGUUGGGCGUUUCCAAAAGAUCAUUUUCUCGUUGAAGCUUUCGAUGAGAAAAUAUUCGCAUUUAGAAAGAAUGGAUUGUUGAAUUUUUUGGCAGGGAAAUAUAUGGAUCCGAAGUAUAUCACUAUAAAAAGACCAAAAAUUGGUCCCAGAAAAUUAAAUCUUGAACAUCUUGAAGGUGGAUUUAAAGUUUGGUUUUGUGGAAUUUUUAGUGCACUUUUUCUGUUUAUACUUGAGAUACACAGCACACUUUUAAUGGAGGCUAUCAAUAGCAGAUCAGAAGAAAAUUGCUAA